CAAUUUGAUCCAAGUAAGCUUCAUCGUCUUCUUCUGACCACCAUAUCGAUCUCUAUCUGUAUAUCAUCUUCCUUUGUCUUCUUAUCAUCGCAUAAGUAGAAACACACACACACACACAGAGUUUACAGAAAGAAAAAUCGUGUUGCUGCGUAGAAACCCUAAAAGGUUCUUCUGCCAUGUCGAAGAAAGGAGGAGGUGGAGGUGCCGCCUUACAGAAGGAUGUUCCAUGGAGAGCAUCUCCUACGGUUAAACCCAUCCCGAAGAUUCAUCAUUCUCCACUUCUUCGUCUUCCCCAGACCCCUUAUUCCGAUUACGCCCUUUUAGUCAUGAAGGAUUCGAAUCCAAUUGGAAGUGGGUUAGGUCAUGAAGCAAUAGUUGAAGGAGCUGGUCCUGAGUGCAUUGUUCCAGGGCAGAUGAAACCGAUUAAAGUGCUUGGUUUGAAGGUUUGGCCGAUUCAUGUUGACUUGAAGUUCAUGGAACCAGUUGGUCGGGAGCUCAAAUCGAUAGGAAAGUUUAUGGAUUCAGCUGUGGAGCUUAUGAACAAGUCAUUCAUAGACAACUGAAAUAGCUCUUGUGUGGGGGUUUUCUAUCUUCAACAACUCAAAACCGCGGCUAUAAUGAGAAGAAUAUUUCGAGUGUAAGAAGUUUGUUUACAUACAGAUUGACAAAUUUAUGGUUCCUUUCAUAAUUUGGAAAAUUUGAUGAUGGUUCUGUACUGUAGUAGUAAAUUUUGCUCAAAUAAAUCAUUGAGACCCUAUUGAUCAAUA